AUGCUUACCGAGAGGACAGCAUGGACUUUAUCGAGCAACAUUGUGACCAAUCUGAAGGAACAUGUCAAAGCCAUAAUAUUGAGAAGUGGGCGGACAUAUGACCAGUCGGUAAAAACCAAGCGAGAUGAAGAAGCUGCCAAAAAUUUGGAGUCUGAGAAGGAGGAAAUCGAGGACAAGGUGACAGAAACCAAUCGCGAGGCGACCGAACAACAAGCUGAGAAGACUAGAGAAAAUAAAGGAGCUGCAAAAUCUAAGAAAUACAGGGAGUUUAUUUAUGAAACUUAUUCUCCUUCAAUUUAUAAUCCACCAAUUCCUUGUCCACAGAGAUUAAGAAAAAAUAAGAUUGAUAAUCAGUUAUCUCUACAAUUGGCGACCGAGGAGAGUAGUGCAAUUGUAAAAAAGAAGUUACCUCCUAAGAAACUAGGUCUUGGAGAAGCAAAGCCGACCAUCAUCUCUCUACAGUUGGUGGACAAAUCCAUUAAAUACCCGAGAGCACUCAUUGAAGACGCACUGGUGAAAGUUAAUAAGUUCAUCCUCUUGACCGACUUCAUUUUACUCGAUAUGGAGGAGGACAAGGAGAUCCCUUUGAUACCAGGCCGACCUUUCCUUGCGACAGGGAGAACUUUAAUUGAUGUCCAAAAAGAGAAACUCAUUUUGAGGGUUGGCGAGGAGAAGGUCACUUAUGAGGUAUUUAAUAUAUGGAAGUCCCUUUCGAGGUAUAUUCUUGUUUUGAAAUAA